AUGAUCAGAAUUCUCGCCACCUACCCUGAUACCGCAUACCUAGCAACUUGUGAAUUCAAAGCUGCAGAGGUAGCUGGGUCUCCCAACCGCCAUGAUCUUCCACACAAGCCGAACGCGAACCAAACGGUGGUUUUCAAUGUCUCCAAUGGUCUCAUCGAGGGAUGUCAUUUUUGUCGCGCAACAACAAACACCAGCCGCUGCGGAGCAUGCAGAGUCGUUUCCUACUGCAGCCGAGAGCACCAGGCCAUCGAUAGAGCAGCACACAAGGCAGCGUGUAGCAAGAUUAAGAAGGAGCGCGCUAAGCUAGAGGCAGAAGAGAAAGCUAUCCGUGCCCACGCCGUAGACGACCACACAGGCACCAACGCAUUCCAAGAGGUUGGAAAAGCCAUGGGACACUUCUGGAAACAUCAAAUCAUACGCCCACACUUGUUAGCUCGCUACUUCCUUGUUUUAGCAUUGCUCAGAGUCAACACCAAACACGCAGUCGAAGCAGCGCUCGAGCAUGGUCUCGAUAUGCUACGCCUCAAUCAUGAAGACAACCAAGGCUUGCGCUGCAUCAUCCCAUCGCUCUACCUCCGUCUCGGUCGUGAUCAGGACUGCUACGACCAUCUCGUCUGGUGGCUCCUGUACGGUCGAGGAGACAACAAGCACCACUGGGGUCAUCCAGAUGCUGUUGUCAAGGACUACAACGCUCUCGAGCCCGUCGCUGAUUUCAUCAAAGGCCUCCCUGACCUUUCACAGAUCGUUGCGCUCGCACUGAUCAAGAUCCGCAUGCUCAUCGACGGCGCGGAAUUUUUGAGAAAGGAGUUGCUGAGCUGA